GCGGCAGCUCCACUCCCAAGCCCGCAGACCAGCUCUACUCCCAACUCCUGCUGAUCUCACCCUACCCCAUCCGGUCAUCCCCUUCAGGCCAUCACAGGAUCACAUCGCCCGCGUGAAGAUAAAUAUCCUCCUCCAAAUCGGAGUCUAGCCCGAGUCCAAAACCCUAGCUGCGGCCGGAGAGCCCUCCCGAGCCGAGCCGAGCCUGCCGGACCGGAACCAGAUCGCGGCCGGUGAUGGAGAGCCCCGCGAAGGAGGAGGCCGGCGGGGAGCUGGCGAUGGAGAUCGAGUCGUCAGUCACGGCAGAGGACUGGCGCCGCGCGCUCUCCCUCGUCGUGCCUUCCGUCGUCGUCCUCCGCACCACCGCGCCGCGCGCCUUCGAUACCGAGGUCGCAGGCGCCAGCUACGCCACGGGAUUCGUCGUCGACAAGUCCCGCGGCAUCAUCCUCACCAACCGCCACGUCGUCAAGCCCGGGCCUGUGGUCGCGGAGGCGAUGUUCGUGAACAGGGAGGAGAUCCCUGUGUACCCUCUGUACAGAGAUCCUGUACAUGAUUUUGGUUUUUUUAGCUAUGAUCCAGGUGCCAUCAAGUUUCUCAAGUACGAUGAGAUUCCGCUAGCACCUGAAGCAGCAUCUGUCGGGUUAGAAAUCCGGGUCGUUGGCAAUGACAGCGGCGAAAAGGUUUCAAUUUUGGCAGGAACACUUGCUCGCCUUGAUAGAGAAGCACCGUACUACAAGAAGGAUGGGUACAAUGAUUUCAAUACAUUCUAUAUGCAGGCUGCAUCUGGCACUAAAGGUGGCUCUAGUGGUUCCCCUGUUGUGGAUUGCCAAGGAAGGGCUGUUGCCCUGAAUGCUGGAAGCAAAUCUUCCAGUGCUUCUGCCUUCUUCCUUCCAUUAGAACGUGUUGUUAGAGCACUGAAUCUGAUACGUGAUUGUUGGGAUGCCUUCGGUAGCAAGCCAGAAUCCGUUUAUAUUCCUCGUGGUACACUUCAGGUGACAUUUCAACACAAAGGAUUCGAAGAAACUCGACGUCUUGGUCUUCGGAAUGAAACAGAGCAGAUUGUGCGUGCAGUUUCUCCUGCUGGCGAGACUGGAAUGCUGGCUGUUGAUUCUGUGGUGCCUGAAGGGCCUGCACAUAAACAUUUGGAACCUGGUGAUGUUCUAGUUCGCAUCAAUGGGGAGGUUGUAACACAGUUUCUUACAAUGGAGACUUUACUUGAUGACAGUGUUGGCAGGGAGAUAGAUUUGGAAAUCGAAAGAGGUGGAGUUCCUUUUACAGUAAAGCUGGAGGUGGAGGAUUUGCACUCUAUAACUCCAAAUCAUUUCUUGGAAGUUAGUGGUGCUGUCAUCCAUCCACUUUCAUACCAGCAGGCUCGAAACUUCCGAUUCAAAUGUGGUCUCGUAUAUGUUGCUGAAGCAGGGUACAUGCUCUCUCGGGCAUCUGUUCCACGUCAUGCCAUUAUUAAAAAGCUUGCAGGAGAGGAUAUUGCGCAAUUAGACGACCUUAUUGCAGUUCUUGCAAAAUUGUCUAGGGGAGCACGAGUGCCUCUAGAAUAUGUAAAGUACACUGACCGUCACCGGAACAAGUCUGUACUGGUGACAAUUGAUCAGCAUGAAUGGUAUGCACCUCCUCAGUUAUAUACUCGAAAUGAUGCAACUGGCUUGUGGACUGCAAAACCAGCUAUACCACCGGAAUCUCCAUUUAUAGCUUCAGCUUACCAUGCUAGUCAUGUGGAUACAAACUCAAACUCUGUUUCGUCUUUGGCUGAAUCUAGUCCAAUGAAUGUCAAGUGCCAGUAUGAUUCUGAGAAUUUGGCUGAUGGAUGCAUCAAAAUGCAAACUGACGAUGAGAUUGUUGUAGACGGAUCUCACUCUAGCGAAAAUUCUCUUGUUGAGAAAAAAAGGCGACGUGUGGAUGAGGAGAUAGCUGCUGAGGGAACUUUACCAUCAUAUGGAGAUCUAGAGGACGUAAAAGGUGGUGCUUUGAGGCAUCCUUCCAAUGCAGAAGGCUCUGACAUUGCUCGAACAAUAUCAAGUAACGCGUCAUUGGCAGAACAAGUAAUUGAACCAGCCCUUGUAAUGUUUGAGGUGCAUGUGCCGCCAGUUUGUAUGCUUGAUGGAGUGCACUCUCAACAUUUCUUCGGAACCGGGGUCAUAAUACACCAUUCUGAUUGUCUGGGUCUGGUUGCUGUUGACAGGAAUACAGUUGCUGUAUCUAUCUCCGAUAUAAUGCUUUCUUUUGCUGCAUAUCCUAUCGAGAUACCUGGAGAAGUUGUUUUCCUGCACCCUGUUCACAACUUUGCAUUGGUGGCCUAUGAUCCUUCUGCACUAGGAGCUGGAGCAUCUGUUGUCCGGGCUGCUAAGCUUCUUCCAGAACCGGCUUUGCGACGAGGAGAUUCUGUCUAUCUAGUUGGGCUAAGCAGAAGCUUACAGGCAACAACAAGGAAAUCAAUCAUUACUAAUCCUUGCACAGCUGUUAAUAUUGGGUCAGCUGACUGCCCACGAUACCGUGCAAUAAAUAUGGAGGUCAUUGAGCUUGAUACUGAUUUUGGUAGCACAUUUUCUGGUAUAUUGACCGAUGAGCAAGGAAGAGUUCAAGCAUUAUGGGCAAGCUUUUCCACCCAGGAACAUAUACUCAAAAGAAAAAAGAAAAGAACAAAACGGCGGCUUACACGCAAGCUCAAAUAUGGUUGCAGCAGUUCAGAGGACCAUCAAUUUGUUAGAGGCAUACCGAUAUAUGCAAUAAGUCAAGUCCUUGAGAAGAUUAUCUCUGGUACUCGAGGACCUUUUCGACUUAUCAAUGGAAUAAAGAGGCCAAUGCCAUUUUUCAGACUUUUGGAGGUGGAACUUUAUCCAACUUUGCUCUCCAAAGCAAGAAGUUAUGGAUUGAGUGAUAACUGGGUGCAGGCCCUUGCGAAGAAGGAUCCUGUGCGUAGACAAGUCUUGCGGGUGAAAGGUUGUUUGGCUGGAUCGAAAGCCGAAAAUCUCCUAGAGCAGGGAGAUAUGAUUCUUGCAAUCAAUAAGGAGCCAAUAACAUGCUUCCUUGACAUCGAGAAGGCUUGCCAAGAGUUGGACCAAUCUGUUGGGUCAGAUGGAGUGCUUAAUAUGACAAUAUUUCGUCAGGGAAAAGAAAUCGACCUUAUUGUUGGAACCGAUGUAAGAGAUGGCAAUGGUACAACACGAAUGGUUAACUGGUGUGGAUGCAUUAUCCAGGAUCCUCAUUCAGCAGUGCGUGCACUUGGCUUUUUACCAGAAGAAGGUCAUGGUGUUUAUGUUGCUAGAUGGUGUCAUGGAAGUCCGGUACAUAGAUAUGGCCUUUAUGCUCUCCAGUGGAUCAUUGAAGUUAAUGGGCAGCCAACUCCAGAUCUGGAAACAUUUAUACAGGUGGUGAAGGGCCUGGAAGAUGGUGAAUUUGUUAGGGUGAGGACCGUCCAUCUGAAUGGAAAACCUCGUGUGCUUACUCUGAAACAGGACCUUCACUACUGGCCGACCUGGGAGCUUAGCUUUGAACCGGAAACUGCGACAUGGCGGAGGAGAAUAAUAAAAGCGUUGCAAUCAACAACGGCGUGAUCUAUUCUGUUUUGCAGGAUUAGUGGUGGGCAUCAGGAUAGUUAGUGUUUGAAGGAUAUAGUAAUUCAUAGAAAAUAUAUGGAUUCAUUGGUUGUGGAUAACUGGACUGCGGGGAUGUGCCUUUUGUAUAUCAUCUAUUGCUACAUUUUGGUAGAAAUAAUAAAUCAUUCGCUUUCUAGAGCUUAUUUCA